GUGUGCAGCUGGGGAAGAGAGCGCUGCUAUCAGCGGGGCCAGGCGACUUCCAGCCUGCCAUGGCCUCUGGGGCACCUGGGGAGCGGUUGCGCGAAGAGGCUAGGUGCCCGGUGUGUCUGGAUUUCCUUCAGGAUCCGGUCAGCGUGGCCUGUGGCCACAGCUUCUGCCUCAGGUGCAUCUCGGAGUUCUGUGAGAAGUCUGACAGCGCGCAGGGCGGCCUCUAUGCCUGCCCGCAGUGCCGGGGCCCCUUUGGGCUGGAGAGCUUUCGGCCCAACCGGCAGCUGGCCAGCCUGGUGGACAGCGUGCGGCAGCUGGGGCUUGGCGCGGGGCCGGUGGGAGUGCGCCUGUGUGCGCAGCACUGCGAGGAACUGACCCUCUUCUGCGAAGUGGACCAGGAGGCACUGUGCUGGGUCUGUGACACGACUGCUGAACACAGGAGUCACCACACCAUGCCUCUGCAAGAGGCAGCUCGGUGUUACCAGGUAAAGCUCCAGAGGGCCCUGGAAAUGGUAAGAAAGAAGAUGGAGGAGGCCUUGACUCAGGAGGUCAAUGUGGGGAAGAAAACUAUCAUUUGGAAGGAAAAAGUGGAGAUGCAGAGGCAGCGCUUCAGGCUGGAGUUUGAGAAGUAUCGUGGCUUCCUGGCCCAUGAGGAGCAGCUCCAGCUGCGGAGGAUGGAGGAGGAGGAGCGAGCCACCCUGCAGAGACUGCGGCACAGCAAGAACCUUCUGGGGCAGCAAAGCAGGGCUCUGAAGGAGCUGGCUGAGGAGCUGGAGGAGAGGUUCCAACGCCCAGCUCUGGGGCUGCUGGAGGGUGUGAGAGAAGCAUUGAGCAGAAGUAAGGAUGUCACACAGGUGGAACUGGAGAACAUCCCCAUGGAGCUGAAGACAAUGUGUCACAUCCCUGGGAUGAGGGAAAUGUUGAGAAAGUUCCAAGUUGAUGUCAAGCUGGACCCUGUCACAGCGCAUCCUAGCCUCCUCUUGACUGCUGAUCUGCGCAGUGUGCAGGACGGAGAGCUGUGGAGGGAUCUCCCCAACAACCCGGAGCGAUUUGAUACAUGGCCCUGUGUCCUGGGUUUGCAGAACUUCUCCUCAGGGAGGCAUUACUGGGAGGUCAUGGUAGGAGAAAGAGCAGAGUGGGGUGUAGGUGUCUGUCGAGAGACGGUGCUGAGAAAGGGGGAGACCACACCCUCUCCUGAGAACGGAGUCUGGGCCAUGUGGCUGCUGAAAGGAAAUGAGUACAUGGUCCUUGCCUCCCCAUCUGUACCUCUCCUCCACCUGGAACGGCCUCACUGCAUUGGGAUUUUUUUGGACUAUGAAGCAGGUGAAAUCUCCUUUUACAAUGUAACAAAUGGGUCUUACAUCUACACAUUCAACCAACUGUUCUCUGGUAUUCUCCGACCUUACUUUUUCAUCUGUGACACGAUUCCUCUUACCUUGCCACCUAUGACAGAUGUGGAGUCAGAAAAUUGGGCAUCCAGGGGUCAUCUUUACUCUGCUUCUAAUGUUGGACAUGAUCAUUCCUAAAAUUCUGUUCCUGAGAAUUUUAUGCCUAGCAAGUUUUCCUGGAGUGGAAUCGGGAGGAUGCAAAUAUGCUAAGCCCCAAAAUGUCCCCAUUUAGAUCAGCACUUUAAUCC